AAGGGGAGGAGAAGGUCGGGCAGCUCGUACCUAUCGAGCUACCACGUCUACAGCCUGGAGAAGAGGCUCCAAGGGUAGGAAAGCGCCGUGACAUCCCAGCCAAAUCACGGAGAUUUCAACGAACCUGUUAUGAAAGGGAAUCUCUAAUAAGCAGUUGAAGAAAACGGAGGUUGUAGGCGAAGCACUAACUGGAAACGAUUUAGGCUGCAUUAUACGGUACGUGGGGAUGUUCUGACAAACUAGGAGAAGUAAGAGUCGAACAAAAGAGUUCCUGAGCGCCUCGACGGACUGGGCUUUAGCCGAGGAGGUCUGGAUCGGAGAAUGGCGAUGUGGCCCGAUGUCCUGGAGCUUUUGCUCCUGCUCGCAUGCUGGCUGUGCGUUCAAGGUGCGGCGUCCAGACAAGACAUCAGGCCAGAGGCCUGGCUGCAGCAGUACGGUUACCUCCCUCCAGGGGACCUCCGAAUGCAGGCGGCCCGCUCCCCUCAAUCCAUUUCCUCCGCCAUCACAGCCAUGCAGAGGUUUUAUGGCCUGACCAUCACCGGCAACCUAGACCCCGAGACCGUGAAGGCAAUGGGGAGGCCCCGCUGUGGUGUUCCAGAUAAGUUCGGUGCAGAACUGAAGAGCAACUUGAGAAAAAAAAGAUACGCUAUCCAGGGACUGAAGUGGGAAAAGAAGGACAUCACAUUCUGCAUACAGAACUACACCCCCAAGGUCGGGGAAUACGAGACGCAGGAAGCCAUUCGCAGAGCCUUCAAAGUGUGGGAGAGUGUAACCCCUUUGCGAUUCCGCGAGAUCCCUUACAGUUACAUAAAGGACAGGACAUCAGCUUUUGCGGACAUCAUGCUCUUCUUCGCUGAAGGUUUCCAUGAUGAUGCCAGCCCGUUUGAUGGGGAGGGAGGGUUCCUGGCACACGCCUACUUUCCUGGCAAUGGCAUAGGAGGAGAUACACACUUUGAUGCAGCAGAGCCAUGGACAAUUAGCAACCAAGAUCUGAUGGGGAACGAUGUCUUUCUGGUGGCUGUGCAUGAGCUGGGUCACGCUCUGGGAAUGGAGCACUCGGACGACCCGUCUGCCAUAAUGGCUCCUUUCUACCAGUGGAUGGACACUGAGAACUUCGAGCUUCCUGAAGAUGAUCGCCGUGGCAUUCAGAAGCUCUACGGUUACGAUUCUGGCAGCCGCCCUCAACCCCCUGCUACCCCGCGAAACCCUUACAAUACCCCUCGGCCCCGCCCCACACACCCCCCACACAAGCCUGGAGUGCCCCGCUACACCCCCGAUAUCUGCGAAGGCAACUUUGACACCAUUGCCAUUUUCAGAGGAGAAAUGUUUAUCUUCAAGGAUAAGUGGUUCUGGCGCGUCCGCAAUCAGCGGGUCAUGGAAAACUACCCAAUGCCGAUUGGUCAUUUCUGGAGAGGCCUGCCAACGUCGAUUAACACAGCCUUUGAGAGAGAGGACGGUCGAUUCGUCUUUUUCAAAGGGGACAGGCACUGGGUGUUCACGGAAUCCAUUUUGGAACCGGGCUACCCAAAGACCCUGAGAGAGAUGGGUAAUGCUCUGCCCAAGGACAAAAUAGACGCCGCACUUCUUUACACUCCUACAGGCUACACCUACUUCUUCAGAGGGAACAAAUACUAUCGCUAUAAUGAGGCGUCCCGGUCAGUGGACCCAGACUACCCUAAACCUAUCAGCAAGUGGCAGGGCAUCCCUGAUAACAUCAAAGCAGCCUUCAUGAGCCGAGACCAAAGCUACACAUACUUCUACAAAGCCAAUAAGUACUGGAAGUUCAAUAACCAGCUGUUGAGAGUGGACCCCGGUUACCCCAAGUCCGCCCUCAAAGACUGGAUUGGAUGUCCCGAUGAGGACCCCAAGCCAGGUGGAGGCGGGACGGGAGGAGGCCGGGGCAGCGAUGGCACAGACAGCGACGUGGACGAGCGCGUGGAAGAGGAAGACAAGGUGAAGGAGGAGACGGAGGUGAUCAUCAUCAAGGUGGACAACGCUCCCGGGGGCGGAGGCGUCGGGGCCGCCGCGGUGGUGGCGCCGCUCUUGCUGCUGGCUUGCGUGAUCUGCACGCUUGCGGCGCUCCUCUUCUUCCGCAGGUAUGGCACCCCACGCCGCCUCCUCUACUGCCAGCGCUCCCUACUGGACAAAGUCUGAAGAGCAGAGCCGAGGAUUGGAGGGAGGAGGAGUGAGGAGGACAGGUGAGGAGAGGAGGAUGAAGAUGGGGUGGGCGGAGAAAGUGUAGUACAGCCGUAUUCAGGCAUUUCAGGAGAGAACGUCGGAAGCUCUAAGUUCUAAGUUAGGCCAUGGCAUUCCGAAUGCAAGGACCGACGAUUAUUGGCAGAAAACGCGAUUUUAACUCUCUCGUGUGUUAUCUUAUAAUUGCAUUGCUUGAAUACAGUGAACUUUGUAAUAAGACUCUUUAUGUUUGUAUUUUGGAUUUAAACAAUUUGAAGUAUAGGGGGAACACAAGAUAAAGUGGAACUAACAACAACAUUUUCCAUUACAAUAUUACUCAUUAGAACAUGUCUUAUAAAUACAUACAACCCACCUCUGUGCCUCAGGUGCAGGCAGUCCUGCACUUUGGUGAUUUUCCGGUACACACACCCGAGUCUACGCCGCAGUUACUUUAGUAGGUGUGUUGAGAUGUGUGUGAGAGGAGUUGGGUUUGGGACACGUGUCGGACGUUCUAGUCUGAUGAUGGAAAUGCAACUGAACAACUGACUUUUGUAAAUCUCAGCCAUGUGAAGCAGGAAAUUCCUUAAAGAUCCUUGGAUCUUUCAAAAUUUGAAUCCCCAAGGUUUAUGUUCCCUUAAAAGGAUGGGCAAGGAAGUGUUUUUAUAGUCCUUUUUUGGAACUCAUGCACCAGGCAGCCACCCCGGCACUUAAAAAUAAAAUCUAGAGAAACUGAUGAGCCACUGAUGUGAGCUGAUAAUACUUUAGCAAGAGAGCCUGCAUUUCCCUCUGGGUUCUCCGGUUUCCCUUGGAGUGGCCAAGCUAAGGUGAUCUGAUAUAGACAAGGUGAGCUUUAGGGACCACAAACCGAUAUCUAACCUCUAAGCAUUUCAUUUGUGCAACAAAGCCAAAAAAUUAUAUUUUGCACUGACUUAAUAAAUUGACAAUGUUUAUUGCAGACAUACGUUCAUCCAUAUAAUUUAUGAAUAUAAUGAAUGUGAAUGUGUGAAGUUCACUACCGUCAUAAAACACAAACACUCACUGUUAACAGCACACUAGAUUGUGAUUCAGAUCUAAAGACAGCAUGUCACUGGUCUACGAUUCCAUUUAGUGAGCCAUUUCCCCAUAUCUCUCACCAAGUUCAAUUCAGGUCGUGCAUAUGUGGGGAGGAUUUCAGUACCUGAUAUACCCACAUCACAAAAAUGUUUUACAAGUCAUUAUAGUCAUAUGAUUACUUACAAUGUUUAUAAGACAUGUUAUAAUUGUAAUGUUAACUGUUACAUUUUUGUUAGAUACACACCCAGUAGUGUUUAUUUAGUGCCACUCAAAAAUGGUUUUUUUGCAAGAUACAUGCUAAUGUGUGAACUUAGAUAUUUUAAUUUUUUUAACUUCAGCCAGUUUUGUAAAAAAAAAAAAAGAAAAAAAGCACACAGUAUUCUGAUUCUUUUUCUUUGCUCUUCCAAAAUGCCUUCCGUCCCCUCUCGUGGAUGCGCUCGUACUCCUGGUGUAGCCUCCGACGCCAGCUCAACGCUGUUUGUUAGCCUUUUUUAUAAUGUCUUCUUUAAAAAUAAUGUCUAAUAGUGUCUUAUAAUGUGAUUGUCGUCAUCAGUCUUGUAUUACUGUACACUCGAGCUUCUACUUGCACCAGAUGGGUAAAGUGUAGCGAUCUACUGCUGAACAGGGGACAUUCCACCUCUCCUUGGAUUUGGCUGAUUCCAGUCCUCUUGUGAGACCACUUUCCCCACAUCUUCUCGUGUCUCAUUCUAACAAAAGCACAAAGCAUGCAGGGCCAGCGUUCGUCUCCCUGCCUCAUGCCAAACUUCUGUUCAUCAUACUACGGCCUCUGUUCGCCCGCAUUAGUCGUGUUUGGCUUUGUCUCUUCAGUAAUAUCCCCCAUUAUACUGUAUCUUAGUUUGUUAUUAUAAUUGAUAAUGAUGCCAUUAUUAUGAUGAUGGUUGCUAUCAUUGUUUCAUUGUUGUUGCUGUUCAUGAAAAGAAUGUUUUGUUAUUAACAUGCUCAUUCAGUUGUCCUGCUGGACAGGCAAAAAAACUAAAUAAAGUGGCCUUAAUUCUGAGAAAGGGUGGGUUUGUACUCUGAUUUUGAGAAAGUAAAUAAAUUGAAGAUAAACUCA